AUGAGUUCUAGACGCGAACGAGCAGCGCCGCCCAAUCGAUCGGCCAUGAGGGGCAUAAAUCGUGCGCAGCCCACGCAAAGAAAUGUGGCCUUCACAUCAAGAGACGAUCCCGACGUUUCUGGGUGCACGGAUGAAGAGUCUUAUAGUUUUAAUGAAGAUGACGAUCUUAAGUACCAUAAAUUCGUGGACUCAUUCAGUGCAAACAAACAUAUAAAGCAAGCAAAUACACAGGCAGCGCCGGCAGAGAAAGUCAAUACAAGAUUGGAAGAAGACGAUUACUAUGACAGUACACGCAGUGAUACAGAGGCAAACUACGAUGAUGGAGAGCCGGAUGAUGGAGAGCCGGAAUCCGCUGUACCGUCCGGUCAGGAAAUACCCAGGAGUUUUGACUCAAAUCCCCACCCUCGGUACCCAGGACGUCCCGGAUCGGAGGAUGGCGAUGCCGAAUUCGCGAAGGCAGCGGCGAACCUCGACGAAUUCUACAAAGAGCUGGAAAAGGUUUUGUACCCUAAUGGUGAGGGCACAUUAUUUCCCCCUAACCCCGCGAAGACAUCGAGAGGGGAUUGGGCAAGCGCCACAUCGGAUGGCGACGCCGGAUUCGCAAAGACAGCGGCGGACCUCGACGAGUUUUACAAGAGGAAUAAUCUGCUUCAGGGACCAAAUGCCCUCGAUACGCCAAGGCCCGAUCCCACCCCCUCAGAGUAUCAGAGCCCGGAUUGGAAACAAGUUGAUGCGUGGGAUAGUGAUAUCGAAUUUACGCGUGCGGCAGCGAAGCUUGACGAACUUUACACAUCGAUGGGGCUUGACCAUAUUGUGAACAAAAAGUCGCCAAAUGCUAAUGCAGCUAACAAUGCGCACACCAAUACUAUACUAAAGACAAAAACUAAUAAAAUGCACCACAAACCCCCCAGAACUUCAGAUCAAGAAUUUGGGUUGGACUUGAAAAACACCGGCUCUUCUUCCAGGAGGGCUGAGACAAAUAGCGGGAAGGCACAGGUAAAGGUAACUAGUGAGGGGAGUCCUUAUAUCGAACGUACCAAGCCCCAAAAGGCGCCGACAAGAGCAAGUAGUACAAGGCGACCUCAUAUUGAACAUCCUAAGCAGAAAAAGACAGCGGUCAAAGGAACCAGUAGCGCGCAACCCCCCCCUAUCGAACGUCUUGAGCAACAAAAGGCACCCCAUGAGGACAUGAAAGCGCAAGUACCGGUACCGGUCAUGACCGAGUACGAAGAAGGUCUCCUCGAAUCUAUGGGAGUCGAACUGAAGGCACAGAAAAACCAGAAACCACUCUCUCAACAUGGCCUUUCUAAUGGGCAGGCAAAACCUUCCCAGAAAGAUAAGGCGGGUCCAAAAUCGCGUAGAAGAGCUCUCUAUGAUCCAAAGGGAUACCGUAACAGAAGUAUUGGUAGUUACCUGUUCGUGCUUGGUAUUCUCGUUUGGCUACUACACAAUACUUCGUUGAUCACCAAGCUUUUUGUUCCUUGUCCACGCCAUAUCUUCUUGGACCCUGCUGGGACUGCAUCUAAUAUUAGCAGUAGCAUUGCAACUAUACCCAAAGCUGUGACUUGUUCGAUUUUUCCAUGUAAGUCUACCCAAAGGGCACGUUUAAGAACCAUCGAUACCUUGGCACAAAAGGUCGGGCAGGACUACGGCACGUACAAAGCAUUCACAACGUCUAUUGACAGAAUUGGGGAACCAUCUUACCUGGGCAAAUUAACGGAAAGGUUCGAGAUUGCGAAAGUGCUACCUCGUUAUGGAAGACCCAAAGGCGAUCCAACAGCCGACUACAUGAAAAGUACCCAUGAAGAACUCAUAAAGAUCAAUGCGUCACUCAAAAACCUAUUCAUCCGCGUAAGGAAAAUCGGGGAUUUCACAUCAGAUAAUAUUAUUGGAUUUCUCGAAUACCUCACCAAUCAGAUCCCGCACGACCUUCAAGACCAGCUGAACCUUCCACCAGGAUGGAAUGCUAAUGUCAUCAUGGAUGAUCGGCGUGAUGGCGAAAAACGCAUAACGCUACACGGCCAAAGAAUCACAAAAGAGAUUGUGAAGGCCUAUAGUUCAUUAUUGGACAGUAUCGAAAACCUAGAUAUCCAAUUAGGAAACGCUAUUAGGUUGACAGGAGUCCUUGUCCAAGAAGGUGUAUCCGAUUUGGUUCCUGGACUUGUAGAAGUUAAAUCUAUAUUGAAAACCAUUACUGAUCUCAAGGGAUCUGUUGCGUGGUGUGUCCAGGAAUUCUCAGAGUUCGAGCGUAGCCAGGAUCAUGUGGAUGAUGAUUCAAGGAACGUGAGACCAUUCAAUGUGGAGUCGGCCUGGGAGUCUGUACUUUCGUUUGAUAGUGAUGCUGUUGGGAGGCGUAAGUCUUAUAGACGGGAACGGGCGAAAUAG